CAGCAAAAUGGCUUUUCAUUCCCUGCUCCUCCUGGGCCUUGCCAGCCUGCUGUUUGUGUCUGAUGCUGCUCCUGUGAUCCAUGGAGCUGAAGAUUCCAAAUGCCCUCUGAUGGUUAAAGUUCUUGAUGCAGUCCGAGGAAGCCCUGCGGUCAACGUGAAUGUGAAAGUGUUCAAAAAAUCUGAGGAGCAAACAUGGGAGCCCUUUGCAACUGGGAAAACCAACGAUUAUGGAGAGAUCCAUGAACUCACAAAUGAUGAAAAAUUUGGAGAGGGUUUAUACAAGGUGGAAUUUGACACCUUCUCCUAUUGGAACGCCCUUGGUGUUUCCCCAUUCCAUGAGUAUGCAGAUGUGGUGUUCAAGGCCAAUGAUGCUGGCCAUCGUCAUUACACCAUUGCUGCCCUCCUGAGUCCAUACUCCUAUUCGACUACGGCUGUAGUCAGCAACCCAAAGGACUAAACAAAUAUCAUUUUUAUCUGUGGCAACAGCAAUAAAUAGGUUGGAAGGAGAGAAGAGAAAGGACCACCUUUUAUGGAGCUAAUAGUGUUGCAUUUUUCCACAAAGCAGUAUUUUCACUUUCUUAUUAACUUGGGCAAAAUCAAUAAACCAUUCAUGCUAAAGCA